CACACAACACCAAACCAUCACCAGAAAAAAAGAAAAACCAGACCAACCAUACUACACCAGACACUCCUCCUAACCUUCAAAUCUCUUCUUCCUCUUCAUCACGCCGUUAUAAAAACUUCUCUUACUUGGGACUUUUGCAUUUCACCUGCAUACCUUUUCUAACAUGGCUCCCGGGACUGGUGUCUUUGCAGAGAUUUUGGAUGGAGAUGUGUACAAGUACUAUGCCGAUGGGGAGUGGAAGAAAGCUUCUUCUGGGAAAACUGUUGCCAUCAUCAACCCCACUACAAGAAAGACUCAAUACAAAGUUCAAGCUUGUUCACAAGAGGAGGUUAAUAAGGUCAUGGACUUGGCAAAAUCUGCACAAAAAUUAUGGGCAAAGACCCCACUGUGGAAGCGGGCCGAACUUCUUCACAAGGCAGCUGCUAUCCUUAAAGAGCACAAGGCUCCAAUUGCAGAGUGUCUGGUGAAAGAAAUAGCAAAGCCAGCCAAAGAUGCUGUUACAGAGGUUGUAAGAUCUGGUGAUCUGAUUUCUUACUGUGCUGAAGAAGGGGUAAGGAUUCUGGGAGAGGGAAAGUUCUUGGUGUCGGAUAGCUUUCCUGGAAAUGAAAGGACAAAAUAUUGCCUCACAUCCAAGAUUCCACUUGGAGUGAUUUUAGCCAUUCCACCAUUUAACUACCCUGUUAAUCUUGCUGUCUCCAAAAUUGCUCCUGCACUGAUUGCUGGAAACUCCAUUGUGCUCAAGCCUCCGACUCAGGGAGCCGUUUCUGGUCUGCACAUGAUUCACUGCUUUCACUUGGCUGGUUUUCCCAAAGGCCUAAUCAACUGUGUCACUGGCAAAGGCUCAGAAAUUGGUGACUUCCUAACAAUGCAUCCAGGAGUGAACUGUAUAAGCUUUACUGGUGGAGAUACUGGCAUUGGAAUUUCAAAGAAGGCAGGCAUGAUUCCUCUGCAAAUGGAGUUGGGAGGAAAAGAUGCCUGCAUUGUACUUGAGGAUGCUGACCUGGAUUUGGUUGCAAUAAACAUUAUAAAAGGAGGCUUUUCAUACAGUGGGCAGAGGUGCACUGCUGUUAAGGUUGUCCUGGUAAUGGAAUCUGUUGCCGAUGCUUUGGUUGAGAAAGUGAAGGCUAAUGUGGCAAAACUAACAGUCGGACCACCAGAGGAUGACAGUGAUAUCACUCCAGUUGUGUCAGAAUCAUCAGCCAACUACAUUGAAGGCCUGGUCUUGGAUGCUAAGGAGAAAGGAGCAACAUUCUGCCAGGAGUACAAAAGAGAAGGCAAUCUCAUUUGGCCUUUGCUACUGGACCAUGUGAGGCCAGACAUGAGAAUUGCAUGGGAAGAGCCAUUUGGACCAGUUUUGCCAGUAAUUAGGAUCAAUUCAGUUGAAGAAGGAAUCCAUCAUUGUAAUGCCAGCAACUUUGGACUUCAGGGAUGUGUGUUCACAAAGGAUGUAAACAAAGCAAUAAUGAUCAGUGAUGCAAUGGAAACAGGAACAGUUCAGAUAAAUUCUGCCCCAGCUCGUGGACCAGACCAUUUUCCCUUUCAGGGUAUAAAGGACAGUGGCAUUGGAUCUCAAGGGAUUACCAACAGCAUAAACAUGAUGACCAAGGUUAAAACCACUGUGAUCAACUUACCCAGCCCUUCCUACACCAUGGGCUAGUCCUGUUAUAGUCAUUCAUUUGCGUGGCAGAAAAACAAUUUAUAGUGAGUCUCGUAAGUCAUGGUGAACGUACAAACUGUGUGAGUUUAGCAUCUGGUUCUGUUUUGCAGCCGUGAAUCAUAGAGAUGAAUAAUGAGUUUGAUUGAUGGGUCACAUACCUCUACUUCAUGUGACUGCUUCUCAUUCUCAUCUUUAGCAUCAUACCAAUAUCAAUUAUCGUCUUCUACCUUGUCAUCAUUAUGUACUCAAUUCCUGUUAAAAGUUGAAUGUUAAAUCAGUGAAUUCAGGAGAAAUAACUCUGCUUUUCUUUCCA